AUGAAACAAAUUUUUACAAAUAAUAUUACAUCAUUACCUUUAAUUGUUAAUAAUAAUGGUUCUUUUACAUAUCAUUAUGCAAUAUGGCCUUAUAUUUGUUUAUUUACUUUAAUUAUUAUAGUUUGGAUUUUUAUUUAUCUUUUAAAUUAUUGUUUACGUCGACGUCAUACAAGAAAUGAUCAACAUAGAUUGUUUUCUUUAAAUACAACACAACGUAGUUAUAUUACUAAUAGUAUUCGUAAUACAUGUGCAACUUCAACAAAAAUCUCACCACAGAAUAUAUAA